AAAAUUUUACUACAUCACACUGCUGAGAGACCCUGUAUCUCGUUACCUCAGUGAAUGGCGUCACGUCCAACGAGGAGCUACUUGGAAGACCUCCUUGCACAUGUGUGAUGGCAGGACACCGACUCCUGAAGAGCUGCCAUCGUGCUAUGAAGGCACAGACUGGUCGGGCUGCACACUGCAGGAGUUCAUGGAUUGCCCAUAUAAUUUGGCCAACAACCGCCAGGUGAGGAUGUUGGCUGACUUGAGCUUGGUGGGCUGCUACAACAUGUCCUUCAUCCCAGAGAACAAGCGAGCACAGAUCCUGCUGGAGAGCGCAAAAAAAAACCUCAAAGACAUGGCUUUCUUUGGCCUGACAGAGUUCCAGAGAAAAACUCAGUACCUGUUUGAGAGAACUUUUAACCUGAAAUUCAUCCGGCCCUUUAUGCAGUACAACAGCACCAGGGCAGGGGGGGUGGAGGUGGAUAAUGACACUAUCCGCAGGAUCGAGGAGCUCAAUGACUUGGACAUGCAGCUCUAUGACUAUGCAAAGGACCUUUUCCAACAGCGCUACCAGUACAAACGGCAGCUGGAGAGGAUGGAGCAGAGGAUAAAGAAUCGGGAAGAAAGGCUUCUUCACCGGUCCAAUGAAGCACUUCCCAAGGAAGAGACCGAAGAGCAAGGACGUUUGCCCACUGAGGACUACAUGAGCCAUAUUAUAGAGAAGUGGUAGCCUAGGCAGACUUUUAUAUUAAUGAUAAUUCUAGGGUUUCCAUACAAGAGAUCAUGGAAGUAAAA